AUGUAUUCUGUACUAGAUGCGACCAACGAGCACACGGUGUCGUCAGCGUCUCUGUGUAUGUCCCCGGAGUCUGCGGGGCCCGUGCAGCCCAGUAUGACCUCGGACCCCCCACAGACCCCGCUACCCUCGGCCCCACUACACGCGUCCACUCCACUGCACACCAACGGCUACAGGGACAAUGAAGACGACAAAAGACACAGCGACACUGUUAAUGGAAAUAUACACGUUAACGUGGUAUCGGCUUCAACUAACAACAUGGACGUCUUGAGCGGAGGAGAGAGUGACGCCGGGGACACGCUAUCGAGAAGAAACAAUAACAGUAUAUCGUCUGGAGUUGUGACGUCAGCGGACACCUGCAAGAAGCACGGCGCGGACGUGACGUACUACGUGGCCAAGGAACUGCUGAUGACGGAGAGGACUUACAAGAGGGACCUGGAGCUCGUCACUGUUACGUGGUCAAAGCGUGUGAGUUCUAUGGGUCGUGUGGAGUCUUCAGGGUCGGAGGCGGCUGCUCUUGGCCGCGCGUGUCUCGCCCUGGAACCUCUAGCGCUGCCCGUGGGAGCCCUACUGGCUAAGCUGGACCGAGCGCUCGCACCCGAACAUAUACAAGAAAGUAGAAGAGUUCCGUUCAAACAAACUAUAACUAACAGUGAUAUUACAGAGGCGGAUAUGGAAGGCCUGCUGUCGUUACCGGCUGGGCCGUUAUUAGAAUAUCUCGACAGAAUAUUAUCUUCUAUAGACUUACCGAUAUACAACGGUACCGAGGAACCGGAAUACAAGGCGGUUGCUGAGUUGCUGCACGACUAUCUGACGAAUACAUAUGAUGCGUACAAGUCGUACAUAUCAAGCGCGGGCACCACGGUGGGUCUUGUGGAGAGCGCCCGGCGGCGCGGGGGCGCAGGCUCCCGGCACGCAUCGGCCUUCGACGCCGCCUCGCCGCUGCCCCUCACCUGCCUGCUGCUGCGGCCGCUACACCGACUGCAUCACUACCAACACCUCGCUGACGAGUUGUGUCGCGUGUCGCCGCCGGGCCUGCAUCGCGUGUGUCGCGACACAAUCUCCCUGUGUCGGGGGUUGUGUCGCGCGGCGGACGAACAGCUCACGCAUGUGGAGAACCACGCCACGCUCUGCCAACUACAGAGAGACUUGUUAGGUUACGACAAACUUCUCGUAGCCGACCGCGAGUUCGUCAGAUUGGGCUGUGUGUACAAACACUCAUCAAAAGGACUUCAGCAGAGAAUGCUCUUCCUGUUCAGCGACAUCCUCAUACUAUCUUCCAAGAGCGCCAGCGGACACUUCCGAGCACACUCAGUACUGGCGACGAAGGGACUGGCCGUGGACACAACAGACAACACGCAUACACUCACUGUUACAGGCGAAGAUACCGUAAUAACGUUAAGCACGAGCAACGAAACUGAAUUCCGCGGCUGGUUCAAUGACCUCACUAGUACAGUAGACACGGCCAACAAAAUUAAUAAGGUCAUUGACACCGAGCUCACACCAUACUUACAGGACUACGAGUCGUCUAACUCUGAGGAGUGUUCGUCUCCGGGUGCCUCUAGUUCCGGGAACGCCCUGGCGCACGUGUGCUGGCACCGAGCUACCUCGCUCUCACGACGACAACUACAUCUGGCUAUGAGGAGCCAGUUGUCGGGUUACCUGCUCCGUAAGUUCAAGAACUCUCACGGCUGGCAGAAGCUGUGGGUCGUGUUCGCUCUCUGCACGCUGUUCUUCUACAAGACGGGCAGGGACAGCGCGCCGCUGGCUUCCUUACCGCUACUGGGGUACAGCGUGGGUCCGCCGUCCGCGGGUGACGGUAUCGACAAAGACUUCGUGUUCAAGCUACAGUUCAAGAACCACGUGUACUUCUUCAGAGCAGACAGCCAUUACACUUAUAAUAGAUGGAUCGAAGUUCUUCAGACGCCGAUGGCGAAACCGCAUCUCACUUGA